UAAACAGAAUUUAAAAAAUCAGAAUAAUACAUUUUAUCAUAUUUCAUUAUUAACCAGUGAAUUGUGAUUUUUAUUUGCCUUCUUUCAAGUAUUUUCACUUUAUAUUUUCUCUUCUUUAUCUUGAUGAAUUUUUACGAUCAUUGGAAUUUAGUGGAGAACUUAAAUACCCAAAGUUGGACUUAUUUAUGUUGUUAUAUUUAAAACAAGUGAUCAAAAAAUAUAAGAUGUAUUUUAAAUUUUGAAAUCAAAUGUUGAUAAUAUUGUUUUAAGUUUAUUCUUUUUAUCUAUAAACUGACCAUACAGCUAUGAAAUACUGUAGUUAUUUUAUUUGAUGAAACCAGUGUCUACUUUCAUUGGCUGUAAAAAAGAUGGGCUCAGAAGCUUGGGAGCUUGAAAGAAGGUACUCAGUACCAGGAGCUUUAGAUACUCGAGGGCUUGAAGCACCUGCUAGUGAAGACCUUCACGCUUGGUCAAUAUACAGACAGAAUUUAAAUUCCGAUUUUACUGAUUCAGCUCUCGGUUCAGCUGAAAAAUCACCACUACCUUAUGGUAAUUUUCAACUUCGAGAUUCAACAGUUCAAAGUAUUUUAAGGCAUCCAAGAUAUGGUCCAAAAAGUCCAUUAGCAAAUAAUUCAUACACAUAUUUAAAGUUUGGUUUACCUCGAGUGUUACCACCUUCACGAAUUCGAGAUGGCUCCAGUGGCUAUGAUUCAAGUGAAGAAGGUCGACGAGCUUUUAAUUAUGGAGUUAUUCCUCCUCAGUCUGGAGGAUCAGCCAUGAGAUCUGCUAGAAGUGAUCCCGACUUUAGGCAAGUGCAUGUUGCACCACGAGAGCAAGCACACUCUCAAUUAAAUGUCCGUGAAAAUCCAAGGCUAAGAAGUGUAAGUGAAGCAAAUCUUUUACAAGGUUCAAGGCCUAAUAGAAGACAUAGCAUAGCUCCAAUGGAUCCAGGAUAUGGUCAAUCAGUACUUAAUCAAGCUCAAAGUCAUUUAGGUCCUGAAAGUUAUUCAGGAACUGUUUUACGAAGAGUUUCGUCACUUCAGCAUCCUCAUCUUCAACUUCGUGGACUGGAAUCUCAUUCUGAUAAUCCUCCGCUGCUCCAUGGAGUUACACUGGAAGCAGGUGCUUCUGAUCUUCUUGCUAUCAUGGCGACAACCGAAAGUGAAGGAACAGCAAUUAUUGAAACGAUUUCUGGAAGAAGAAAAAUUAAAAGAGGAGAUAUUUUAUUAAAUGGUAGACCUGUUUCUAUGAGCACAUUACGAUCCAAAGUGGCUUAUUUACCUUCAGAAAUCGGUCUAAGUCCAGGCUUAACAGCUCAACAAAUUUUAAGCUUCUAUAUGUGUCUGAAAGGAGGAUCAAGAACGUCUGACAUGGAAAUAGAGGCAGUAUUACAAGAACUUGGUCUAGAAGCUACGAGACAUUGUCUUGUAAAUUCUUUAACAACAUCUGAAGCAAGAAGAUUAGCUUUAGCAUGUCGACUACUUCAAGAUGCUCAUAUUUUAACUCUAGAUAGGCCAACGCAUGGACUUGAUAUUUUCGAUGCAUUCUUCCUUGUUGAGUAUUUGAGGCAAUGGGCUGUUCGAGGACAAAGGCUUGUAGUUUUAACUCUUCAUCCGCCAACGUAUGAAAUUCUUACAAUGGUAUCAAGAGUAACAUUGACUUCUGGAGGAAGAAUAAUGUACUCAGGACUUAGAAGAGAAAUGUUACCUUACUUUGCUCUAGCUGAAUUUUCUUGUCCUCCUUUCAAAAAUCCAUCAGAUUAUUACCUGGAUUUGGUAACAUUGGAUGAUUUAUCAGCUGAAGCAAUGCUUGAAUCAUCGCAAAGAAUUGAACAUCUUGCAGAAUUAGCUAAAUCACGAUUACCUGGAUUAAGUGAUCCUGGUCCACCUGCAACGCUUCCACCAUCUGUAUAUAAUGCCAAUAUAUUUGUUCAAAUUUAUGCCCUAUUGGUUAAGACUUUAGUGUACAGUCAACCUUGGGCGAUGACGAGACUUGUUCAAAAAAUCGUUGUAGCUGCAUCUUUAAGUAUUAUCCUUGGAGCAAUAUUUUGGAAUGUCGGUGAUGAUACAAAUUUACAUUUAAGAGACAGAAUAGGAUUAUAUUAUUCGAGUUUAGGAAUUUUGUUUUGGCCACUUGGAUUAUUGGGAAUUUGUGAAGUGGUUAAUGCGAGACCGUAUGUUGAAAGUGACAUUAAGUAUGGUCUUUAUAAUCGAUUCAUUUACAUUAUUAUUGAGCUCCUAUGCAGCAUACCAUCAUGGUGUCUUGUGUAUGCAGCGUAUUUAAUUCCAGUAUUUGCAAUGGCAGGACUUCAUGAAGCUCUUGAUGAUAAUUUUACCUCUCUUUGGAAUUACAUCGCAUAUGGAUUACUUUAUGUGAUGUUACAACAUUUAAUAUGUGUAUUUUUUGCACAUGUUUGCAAGUGGAGUGGAGUAGCAGCUCUACUUGCUGGUAUAGUGAUAGGAGAGAUGACUUUGGCGGGUGGAAUUACAUUGCAUCUUAAAAAUUUACCAGUCUGGUAUCAAAAAUUAAGUCCUAUGCAAUGGACGUUAUCUACUCUAUUACCGGACAUUUAUAAUUCAGAAACUCUUAAUAAAGCAGCCAAUUGUAAAGCAAAACAAGUUCAAAGACAAGAUAUUAUUGUUCAAGCUCCUUGCGAGCCUCCCGAUGGAAUUUCUGCUUUAAAAGAAGUUGCUCUUGAUACUCUUAAUGAAGAUACGAGUAUACAAUUAGCAAUAGGUAUUGGUAUUGCUUUAGGAUUGAUCCUGAUAGCCUUUUUAUUAAUUCGUUAUACAGCUCAAAAGCGACCCAGAAGUGCUCCUAAUAAACCUUGAAAAAUCAAAUUUAAUGAUUGACUAUUAAAUAAAUACUGCAAAUUAAAAUAAUAAUUAGAAAAAGAAUGUUUAAAAUAUCGAUUACUAAUGUUAUUAAAAUUUAUAAAAAAUAUAAUUAAUAAUUAUUUAAGAAAAUUUAUAUGAAUAAUUUUUAAUUAUAUUAUUAACUAUUUGUAAGAUAAAGUUUUUUUUAGUUUGUAAGAAAAAAAUCGUGUGCCACUUUAGCCAUAUUAUUUUUGCACGAUACAGUUCAGAUUCAUUAAAAAAAAUUAUCAUUUUAUCAUACGCUGUAAUUCGUCUACCUCACUGCGUUUUUUUGAAAUUAAUUUAAAAACUCGCAAGAUAGACGUUUUGAAUAAAUAUUAAAAAUACGUUAUUUUAUAAACUAUCUAUAAUAAAUAUAGCUAUAAAUACUGUAAA